ACUGGCUCAGAACUACGCGCGCCCCAAACCCAGUUUGAAGUAAGACCUAUCGGGCACUCGCCCUGUCUGCUUUCCUCCUCCCUCCGGUCGCCCCCCCCCCGAACUGGGGGUCCAUGAACCGCAGGCACUGACUAAAUGGGCACGGAGCCACUGACGGGUGGGCAAGGCGCUGCGGCUCCAGCCAUGGGCAGCUUCCAGCUGGAAGACUUUGCAGCCGGCUGGAUCGGAGGUGCUGCCAGCGUCAUCAUUGGCCACCCUCUGGACACGGUCAAGACACGCCUGCAGGCUGGUGUCGGCUAUGGAAACACCCUCCACUGCAUCCACACUGUGUAUAGGAGGGAGAGUAUCUUUGGCUUCUUUAAGGGCAUGUCCUUCCCCCUCGCCAGCAUCGCCAUCAACAACUGUGUGGUGUUUGGGGUCUUCAGUAACACAGCGCGCUUCCUCAGUCAGCACCACAGCAACAUGCCAGAGGCCAGCCUGUCCCCUGCCUUGUCCCACCUGCUCCUGGCCAGCAUGGUGGCAGGAGCAGUGUCUGUUGGAAUGAGCACGCCUGUGGACCUCAUCAAGAUCCGGCUGCAGAUGCAAACACAGCCAUUUCGGGAAGUCCACCUCCAUUCAAAGACUCAGACUGUGGCUCUUGGAGAGGGGCCUGCCUACAAGGGGCCUGUGCACUGCAUCACUACCAUCCUGCGCACCGAGGGCCUGGCUGGGCUAUACCGGGGCCUCAAUGCCAUGCUGCUGAGGGACAUCCCAGGCUAUUGCCUCUACUUCAUCCCCUAUGUUUUCCUCAAUGAGUGGAUCACACCUGAGGGUAGCUCAGGCCCCAACCCCUACUCUGUGUGGCUGGCAGGUGGUGUGGCAGGAGCAAUUUCUUGGGGAACUGCGACUCCUAUGGAUGUUGUGAAAAGUCGACUCCAAGCUGAUGGAGUUUAUUUAACCAAAUACAGAGGUGUCCUAGACUGUAUUUCCCAGAGUUACCAGAAGGAAGGGCUUCAAGUGUUUUUCAGGGGCAUCACAGUCAACAUGGUCCGAGGCUUCCCCAUGAGUGCAGCCAUGUUCCUGGGCUACGAGCUCUCACUGAAGGCCUUCCGCAGGGACCACGGAGUUCCCAGCCCCUAG